AAAACCAAUGAUGAUAUCGUCUCUGAUGAUGAUAUCGUCUCUGAAGAUGAUAUCGUUUCCGAAGAUGAUAUCGUCUCCGAAGAUGAUGUCGUCUCUAAUGAUGAUGCCCAAGCAGAAAAUUUAAUUUCUUUCAUUUCUUCAUUGGACAAAAAAAGAAAACGAGUCGAAAAUGAAAAUCCUAUAGAAAAACAUAAAAAGCAGAUCAAAGAACGUACAGAAGCUUAUGAAGAAUCUGAAUAUAAUUUAACAACUAGAGAAUCUUCAACUGGCAAAAAAAAAGUUAAUUUCCACGAUCUAAUAAGCACAAUACAAGAAGAGGCAGGAUUUAGCGGGUUAAAACAAAAAUUAGCUUCACUUGAAAGUGGCGGUAAUAAAGGAACUUAUAAAGUACCUUUACCAGCCCCUUUGCCCCAAAAUAUUCAGAAUAAAUUGAAUAGAAAAGUUGCUUAUGAAGAAACUAAUAAAGAUAUUAGUAAAUGGGAACCAAUUGUUCGGCAGAAUCGUGAGUCCGAUCAUUUAAAAUUCCCAAUGAAUAAAAUUCCUGAACAUACAUCAACAAUUGGUGUUUUGACUGGCACAUUCGAGCCCUCAACAGCACUUGAGAAAGAAGUUGAUUCUAUAUUAUUAAAAAGUGGGAUGAAAGAAAAGGAUAUUCAAAAAUAUGAAGAUAUUCAAUUAAAUAAAUUCUCUGUUGAUGAAGUUGCUGCUCGACGUAGAGAACUUCGUCGUAUACGUGAAUUAAUGUUUCAAGAACGAAUGAGAUUAGAAACUGCUCGAGCGAAAGAGCGUAUGACUCUAAAACACAAAAAUACUAGUAAAUGGGCUAAACAAGCGCUUAAACAUGGUCGACAUGAUUCAGAAAGUCGUCAAGCAAUUAUUGAACAAUUACAGCGGCAUGAAGAUUUGAAACGUAAAAUUCAUGACCUUGGUUCUGAUGAAGAAUUGGAUGAUGUUUCAAGUGAAUCUAAUAAUGAAGAGGAUGAAAGUGUCAUAAAAGAAAAAGCAUUUGACGAGUUGGCGCAAUACCAGCUUAAAGAUUCAGCUGAUGAAGAACCUGUGAAGGCAAAGGAUUCAGUGAAGAAUGUGGAUAAUAAUCUUGGAAGAAUGAUAUUUGGUGUUGGAACUAAGGAAAAGGGAGCGCGUUCCGAUGAUUCAUCUAAUGCUAGAGUGUCUUUUAAUCAAGGACCAGAUAUCACGACGUUGCCAAAGUCGACUUUUGAUCAAAAAAAAGAUUCUGAAGCGUCAUUGCUUUCGGAGCCAGGGUAUAAUAAUGAUUCAACAAAUCAGCAAGAUGAAUCACAAAAUGAUUCUGAGGAAAUAAAUCCUUGGCUUCAACAUGACACCUCUAAGCUAGCGACUUCUAGUAAAAAAGUUAAUAAAAGUAUUAAUAUCAAAAAUAGCAAUAAGCUUAACAAAUUAGCCUCAAAACUCAAUAAACAGAAACGUGAGAUGCAAAUGAAAGAGGAUGUUGAAAUAGACAUGAAUAAAAUUAUAACCGUUCAAGUUGCCGAUAAUACGAAAAAAGAAGUAAAGACAGCAGCAACUGAUAAAUCAGCCAUCGAAAACGUUAAUGUUGAAUCUGAUAACGAUAAUGAUGAUAACGCUGAGGCAAUAAAAAAUUUCGUAAACGUAAAGAAUCCCACUGCGUUUACGCAAAGAGAAUUAGUGGCUCGUGCUUUUGCUAAUGAUAAUGUAGUCGAAGAAUUUGAGUCAGAAAAACAAGCCAUCAUUGAUGAAGAUAUGCCUAAAGAGAAAGACAUAACACUACCCGGUUGGGCAAAGAAAUAUCUUUCUACUGAUAUUCCACAUCCAUUCGAGACCAGAGAACAAUAUGAACGUAGUUUGCGUACUCCGAUAGGCAAAGAAUGGAAUACUAAUGAAGUAUUUCAAAAAAUGAUAACACCUAGAGUUGUCACGAAAAUGGGUGUUGUCAUUGAUCCUUUAAAAGUACCUUUUAAAACUAACGCAGAGAUAGAUUGA